GAGGCGGCGGCGGAGUCCUGCGUCGAUCCCCUUUUACUCCGUCUCCCACUGCAAUUCGUCUCCAUCUCGAAUCGAUCUCCCCACCCAACUCGGAUCAAUCGCGCCAAUCCACCACAUAAAUCCAUCCACGCAGACCCAGCCAAGACGAAUCAACGAUUGAUUUGCGAUCCAUCCUUGAACAAGGCAAUCGUUUUGGGAUCGAUUGACGGCAAGCCUGGGAGGGAGGAUCGAUGGCACCUCCCGAUUACGGCUACGGCUACCCCGAUAGCGAUAGCGACGGCGAGGACGAGGAAUCGGUCGAGGAGAUGGCUCCUCCCGCCUAUGGCUAUCCCGACGGCGGCGAGCUGCCACCGUUCGUCCUCAUCGACCCACGCGCCUACUUCGUCGACCGGGACAACGCCACCACUGCCGUCUGCGAGAUGGAAGGCCCCAGCCUCACGGGCCGCCUCAAGGUCACCUUCUGCGCCGUCGCCCCGCCCCUCGUCUCCUAUUUCUGCGUCCACACCUCCCACAUGGACCACACCGAGUUCCCCGUCACGCCCCACAUCCUCGCCACCGAGACCGACGGCGGCCUCGUCCUCCUAUGCCUCGCCACCGGCAACCAUCACACCGAUCACUGGUAUCCCCGAAAUCGCCAUUACUUCGUCUACGACGCCCUCUCCCGCAAACUUGACCAACUCCCCGGCUUCCAACACAAACUCAACGGGCCCUCGCUCGCCAUCAUGCGCAAACCCAACAAAUCCUCCAAAAACACCACCAACCACAACGACUUAACCCUCCGAUCCCACCACUUCGCCCUACACCCCCGUCCCCAUGGACAUGGAGAGGCGGAGAUGGAGGCGGAUCGCCACUUCGCCCUACGCCCCCAUGGACAUGGAGAGGCCGAGGCGGAUCGCCACUUCGCCCUACGCCCCCAUGGACAUGGAGAGGCCGAGGCGGAGGCAGAUCACUUCGUCGUUGUCGCACGAGCUUACUAUUUCUGGGGUGAAAAAUCUCCUAACCUCUGCAUCUAUGACUCUGCUACCAAGACCUGGAGCAACAAGCCGGUGGUCAUGGGUUCAUGUACAGGAACACACUUGACAAACAAGACACUCACCAUCGGAGGAAGCAAUGGCACCGUUGCUUGGGUGGAUCUCUGGCGCAACAUCGUCUUCUGCGACGUUUUCGCCAAACGCCCCAAGCUCAGCUGCCUGAAGCUGCCGACCACACCCGACACGAUGUGGCCACGUAUCGAGGCAAGGUCUGUUCGCGACAUUGCGGUCGUCGGCGACACCAUCAAGUACGUUGACAUGCAGCCUCAACCGGGCACCAGUGAUUGGAUGGUCACAACGUGGAGCAUCAAGAAGGCCCGUCGGUCCUGGCCCAAGGAAUGGCGCAUGGAAGGCAAGCUCGAUUCCACCCAUAUAAAGGUUGAUGCAGCUCGUGCCGCCGCUACCUUGCCAACAUUGUCGUCUCUUUGCGUUGGCAUGCCCACACUCAGCCUGCAGAAGCAGAACAAUGAUGCCAUUGUUUACUUCCUCGCCAAGAAUAGCUUCAGCCCAAUGGAACGCACAGCUUGGGUGCUUGCUGUCGACAUGGAGAACGAGACUGCCGAGCAAGUGGUGGAGUUCCCUGCUAAGAGGACUUAUUGUUUAGCCAAGGGCUACGACGCAAGCAGGAUCUCCGCAUAUCUCCAACCCGCUCCAGGUACACAGCAAACAUCUAAACGACCAGGGGUGCCGCUGCUGAAAUGCCCUAGCAAGAAGCAUAUUAAAGAUGUUGAAGAUCCUGAAGAAGACGACGCCAUGGUGAUUUCUUAUUCGUGAGGUUGCAUGGAAGCUGUAUGUCCUAAGAUUGGUAUCAAUGGUGGGGGUAGUAGAUCAUCAUGCCUCCUGGUCUGCCCCUUCUUUUGCCUGUCUUUUAUUUAUUUUAGGAUUAUGGCCCUCUAGACCCUGUCCAGGAGUUCCUUUCUUCAUUGUCUCACCGCCUACUAUACCCUACCGGCUUCAGGUUGCAUGGAAGCUGUUUUGCCAGAGAUUGGUGCUGGGUAUCAAUGGAUGGUCGAAAUAGGCUUUUGCCCCGCUUUAUAGAUCAAGCAACUCGGUAUCAAUGGAUGGAGGGGGAGUAGUGGAUUAUAUGUCUGCUGGUCUGCUCCUUCCUUUGCCUGUCUUUUAUUUAUCUUAGGGUUAUAAUUAUGGCUCUCUAGACCCUGUUCUGGAGUUCCUUUCUUCAUUGUCUUAUCGCUACUCUACCCUACCGGCUUGUUUAUCAUACGAGCUUGUAUUAUUAGAACUCUGUAUGAACUAUAUAUUA